GAUUAAAUGGAGGACCCAUCGUCUCAACUUUCACUCCAUAAUGCCUCCUGUCCCCUGUGUCCCUCAGCAGCAACUCUCUACUUCCUCCCCUCCAUCUACGCACUCCUCUUCCUCACCGCUCUGCCGGGGAACCUGCUGUCUUUGUGGGUGUUCCUGCGCUGCAUCCCUUCCAUCUCCCCCACACACAUUUACCUCACCCACCUGAGCAUCUCUAACCUGCUGAUGGCCAUCAUGGUGCCCUUCCUGGCGGUGUACUUCGCCGUGGGCAUGCACUGGUCCAUAAGGGACAUCCCGUGUCAGAUAGUCCUGCACGGCAUCACCCCUGUGCUCCACAUCAACAUCUACAUCAGCCUCCUGAUCCUCACCUGGGUGGCUCUCAGCCGGUUCGCUGUGCUCAUUCGGAACACCCACGCCUCCCGGCCGAGCGCCUGCAUCUCACUGCUGCCCCACAGCUUCUUCUCCAGCCUCACACGGGUCUCAUUCGCAAACGGGGUGUGCGCCAUUCUAUGGGUGGUGGCGGUGGGCGCCAUUGUUCCGGUGACUGUUUACUACUCUAUAAACGAAGCUACAAGAAGUGAGGAGGUGUGCUACAGCCUGGUGGUGGAAAUAGGAGGCAGCGUUUCUUCAACCACCAGUGUUUCCCUUGUAAUUCUGUUCUUCCUCCUCUACCUGCUGGUGCUGGUCUCGUACGUGACCGUCCUGAAGCACAUCAAACGCUCGCGCCGCAACGCAAACAUCACCAGCUCACAGAACCUGCUGGCGCGGGUUUCCAGAAACAUUGUGGUCAUCCAGGUUGUCCUGUCUGUGUGUCUUCUGCCAUAUCACAUCUUCAAACCCAUCUUCAUCAUGCUGGCUCAUUAUCAGUCUUCUUCACUGCACCCAUCCUGUUCUUCCACCUCUUGUCACCCCCUGAGCGUCUUCAUCGAGCUAAAGAACUGCCUGUUUCUGCUUGCCGUUCUGAGAUCCUCCACUGACCCCGUGAUGUACUUCCUGUUGGACAGGACCUUUCGUCAGCAGGCCCUGAGCCUUCUACGGAACAAGAGGCUGGACUUUAACAAAGGGCAAACGGUAUGGACGACUACGGGGAGUGCAAAUCAGAAGACAGAAAAAAUCGGGGAAGGAAAUGCGAUCUUAUCGAGUGAGGUGUUAGCUUGCGAAAGAAGUUAACAGCUCAAGUGCGACAAAUACGAUGUGCCUGGACUAGUUCUCACUAAUUAAGAGAACAGUACAACAUGAAGAAGAACCAACAAGUCAAGCUGAAGGUGUUCUAGGAUUUUUCCCCCCAAAAUGCCCCUUAUGUCACAACACCACCGCAGAGAUGCAACAGGUCCAACAUGGGACAGAAUGCAUGUGUGCUGUGCCUCCAGCAUUGAAGAAGAUCAAAGGGACUGAAAUAAGAACUAUGAAUCCCACAAUGCAUUUCCAUUUAGCAGGAGGAGGAGUUUCACUGAGUGAAUAUGCAACAUCAUAUUAACAGGCCAGUCGAUGAAAGAAGUUGUCUUCUAUUUUAUUCCAUCAAAGGAAUAAAACCCUGGCAGCUGAGCCUCAGCCGCCAUUUUUUUCCCUUAGCUAGAGACAAGCAACUCUUAGCUAGAAGAGGCUAACCGUGGCGCCGCAAACAGCGCUCCCAUCCACUGCCCUUUAUGUUCACCAUAAAUAUCUUUGGUUCUUAGAAACUGUUGAAGUAAGGUUUGUGUCUAUACAGAGGUAAAUUAGUUAGGAAAAAGCAA